AUGACUAGCAAGAUGGUCGCUGCCCACCCUCCGCAAGCCAGCCCUCAUCGCGGAUACAGCUUUGUCGGCCAAGAAAAGCUCGCUGGUGUUACAGGGUUCGCCGAAGAUUCGGAAAAGAAUAGCGAAAUACAAGAUAAUAAGGAGACAUUCGAUCUGGGAUCACCUGACGACUCUGAGUUCCCUAAUCGGUGGCCUAGCGAAUGUCAAAUUCCACAAUUUCGAGCGAUUGUCGAGCAGCACUAUGAGGCCCUGGAACAAGUUCAGUUACAAGUUUUAGCGGCAUUCGCUCUUGGACUAGGGCUCAAGCGAAAUUUCUUCUCGUGCCUCCAUGAAAAAAGCCACCAUGAAAUGCGUCUCUUGCACUACCCAUCAACGAAGGUAGGCGAUUUAAUAGGCGGAAAAACAAGGAUUGCCGAUCAUACGGAUUUUGGCAGUGUCACUCUGCUUUUCCAGGACAACACCGGCGGGCUAGAGGGACGAGACCGCGAAACUGGCAGAUACCAAGCCAUUGAGUCACAACCGAUGGAAUGUUUGGUGAUAGUUGGCGAUUGCUUCCAGCGAUGGACAGGGAAUCAGGUAUGGGCAAUACCGCAUAGGGUUACGGUGCCCUAUCGGACAGCGGUGGAGGAUAAUGAUUGCCAUGUUCCGGAGAGAUUCUCAAUUGCAUUUUUUGGGAAACCGAACCGGGAUGCCCAAGUGGGAAAUCUAAACCAUCCCCGGUUUCAAGCAAUGCAGUAUAGUUCUAUCACCGCUGGGGAGUAUAAUAAUAUGAAGUUAGAGAGAACAUACUAG